AUGCGAGGUUAUUUUCUAGUGACAGGGUGGCGCUACGACAUGCACAACUUGAUGGUACAAGCUCUUGCCAUGAGGCAGUUAGGAAGGCUAAACCCGCGUCAUCUACUGGCGGCCGGUUAUGGACCCCCACAGACUGAAUGGUGUCCUAGAACCAUUCAUACACGCCAGCUGUGGGGCUGCUCAACUUAUUCCAAACUGGGCUGCCACAGCAGAGAUGCCGUCAGGAGGUGGUCUGUCCAUCAGCUGAGGUUCAAAAGCAACAAGAAGAAAGACACUGCUAAAGCAAUGCAUGAAGAAGAGGAAGAAAAAGACCCUGAAAGCAGUGAUUCUGAGGAUGAGGCGGAUGAGGACGAAAACAUACCAAAAGACUAUAAAGACAUUGAGAAAUAUGUACAGUCCUUCCGUUAUGAUGUCGUUUUAAGAGCCGGCUUGGAUAUUGCACGCAACAAAAUUGAAGAUAGCUUCUACAGUAACAAGCUGAGACUAAAUGGACAAAAACUGAUCAAGAAGAGUAAAACGGUGAGAGUUGGAGACACAUUGGACCUGGUGAUGUCAGAGAACCAAGAUACCAACACUGUUACUUUAAUGAGAGUUGUCCUUAAAAAGGUUUUGGGUGAAUCCAGUAAUUCAGAAAAGUACAAAGUUUCUAUAAGGCGAUGGAAGUUCAUAGCACUACCCAAGGAUGAGGCCUUUAAGUCUUGA